GAUCUCUAACUAGCAAGGGACAGGCACUUCCCCUGCAGCAUGGGCAGUUGCUUAGAAAUAGAGUGCUAGGCAUGAGAGCGGGCAGAAACAUACAUCUGCAGCACUGGAGGGGUAGCAGGCAGUGGUCUCAGAGGCAGGGCAGGGUUGGAAAUAGCUUUGCCACUCCUGAACCAGCUUAUGACUGCCUAAUUUACCCCUACCUGAUCUCCACUGCCCUGGGGAGCAGACUACUGGAGACUCAAGAAUCUCCCCACUUAGCAGCUCUCAGCCAUCAUCACUCUGGGGCUGAGCUAGCAAUAGAGGUCCUGGCUUUUGGAAAUUCUUGACUCUGGGGUCUCAAGUCUCACAGCCAUCUGGGGGUUCUUUUAUCUCCUAAAGACAACCCUUACCACACUCCCAAGAAAGGGACCCCAGAACUUAUUUUAUGCAAACUAGGGCUCACCUGUGGUUGAGCAAUUCUAAUGGGAAAACUUGGGGCAAGUGAGUGUCAUUGGAAGUGGCAAAAUCUUUGAGUCCACGUUUCUAUGCCCAUUAGCUUCUUCCUGACUAAGAGGGUUCACAUUUGUGGAGAAGGGACUGUUUGGUUAACAGCAGUAAAGGGCACAUCCCCUCCCUGCCAAAGUUCAUAAGAUGGGGUCAAAAAAAUGGAGAUUCAGGCCCAGACUGGACAGCUACGCCAUGUGGCGGACCCUGCUGCCGCUGCUGCUCCUGCUGUUGCCGACCGUGUCGCACCCGAGCAAGGCAGAGCCUCUCCAGGAGAGGGUCCCGCUUUUCCGACUGACUCAGUCUGGCUCCUGGGGCAGCGGCGGCAGCAACGCCACAAGCUCGCCCUGCGAUGGGCUCCUUGCCGCCGGGGCCACGGCCUUGACUCUGGUGAACCGCAGUCUGGAGCGCCUGCCCAGCUGCCUGCCGCGCGCGUUGCACAGCCUCGACGCCAGCCACAACCUCCUGCGCGCCCUGAGCGCCUCGGACCUCAGCCACUUGCCGCAGCUACAGGUGCUGACUCUGCGCCACAACCGUGUCGCCGCCCUGCGCUGGGGGCCCGGAGGGCCGGCGGGGCUGCACACGCUGGACCUCAGCUACAACAAGCUGGCUGCCCUGCCGCCGUGCCCUGGGCCCGCGCCGCACGGCCUCCGCGCGCUGGAGCUCUCCGGGAACCCGCUGCAGGCGCUGCCGCCCCGGGCCUUCGCCUGCUUCCCCGCGCUGCGGCUGCUCAACCUCUCAGCCACCGCGCUGGGCCGCAGCGCCCAGCGGGGCAUCGCCGAGGCCGCAUUCGCUGGGGCGGAUGGAGCGCCCCUGGACGCGCUCGAGGUCCUGGAUCUCAGCAGCACGUUCCUGGAGCGGGUUGAGCCUGGGUGGAUCAGAGACCUGCCAAAGCUCUCGUCCCUCUAUCUGAGGACAAUGCCCAGGCUGAGGACCCUGGAGGGGGACAUUUUCAAGAUGACCCCCAACCUGAAGCAGCUGGAUUGUCAAGACUCCCCAGCACUUACUUCUGUCCACACACCCAUCUUUCAAGAUACUCCUUGUCUGCAAGUGCUUCUGUUCCAAAACUGCAACUUGAGUUCCUUCCCUCCUUGGACCCUGGCUUCUUCCCAGGUCCUAUCCAUCAACCUGUUUGGGAACCCCCUCACUUGUAGCUGUGAGUUGUCCUGGCUCCUCAUGGAUGCAGAGAAAACUGUCCUAAGCAGGGCAGCAGACACCGUGUGUGCACCCGUGGCGGGAUCCAGCCGCCCCUUCUCGGCCCCAAUUCCACUCUCCUUGCUGCCUGAUCUGUGCCGGUCGGACCAAACCACCACUGUCGGCGCUUCAAACCCACCCUCCUUAGCCCAGUGGGCCUAUGCACCGCCCGCACAGGGUCCCUCCAGCCCGGCGAGCACAGCCCCAGGCGGACAGAGUGUCCCCGAGGCCACCUCCCCGCCUGCGGACUCCUUCACGAGAACUGCGAGGCUGCCCAGCUACGCAGGGGAGGGGACCGCCCCCUUCACUGCCAACUCCACAGCAGGGCACAGCAACUCCGGCGUCCCACCCGGGGCUGCCAGCGCAGCCGGGACAGAGCAAGGAGAACAUGCUGCCAGGCUUGUCCCGGAGCCUCACAUCUCAGCUGCCUCCACGCCACUGGGUGGCAAACACCUCGGCACAGUUUCUACCUGGUGGGACGGCGUGAGCACACCCCAGCCCCACCAGAGCACGCGGACCACCCCCCAGGCUCUCCACCCGAGUCACUCCGGGAGCGGGAUUCCAAUCCUCCUGUUAGACGACUACAGUGAGGAGGAGGAGCAGAUGCAGGAGGAGGGAGCGCCUCUCCAGGAUGCCCCUUGUGAUUACCACCCCUGCAAGCACCUCCAGACACCGUGCGCGGAGCUGCAGAGGCGGUCGCCGUGCCUAUGCCCUGGCCUCAGCGGGGAGGACACCAUCCCGGAUCCUCCCAGGCUGCAGGGGGUGUCGAAGACGACUGACACGUCGGCACUCGUCCACUGGUGUGCCCCUAACUCGGUGGUGCACGGGUAUCAGAUCCACUACUCGGCAGAGGGCCGGGAGGGGAACCAGUCGGUGGUGGGGGCCAUCUACGCCACCGCCCGGCAGCACCCCCUGUACGGGCUGUCGCCAGGCACCACGUACCGCGUGUGCGUGCUGGCGGUCAACCGCGCGGGCCUGAGCCAGCCGCGGGCCUCGGGCGGGAGGAGGGCGUGCGCCGCCUUCACCACCAGGCCCAGCUUCACGCUGGUCCUCGCGGGGCUGUGCGCCGCCUGCGGCCUGCUGGUGGUCAGCACCCUGGUGCUGUCCGCGUGUCUCUGCAGGCGGGCCCGGGCGCCACACCCGCAGCGCUACGACACGGACCUGGUGGCUUACAAAAACCCUGCUUUUGACCACACCCUGGAGAGCCAGACCUUCCGUUAACACAGCUUCCCCUUGUCUAAUCGAACUCUGAGUGCCGGGGAAAAAAGACGCAGAGGGUUAAAAACAGCCCUGUCAAGGAACAGAUUCCCUUCCUUCCACUUGACUGUGUUCCCAGAAAUCCGAACAAGGUCAGACCACCAGACAUUCGGAAGCUUCAGCAGGUAGCGCCCACCAGUGCCCAGUAGAAUAGUGCAAGAAGAAGGAAGGGAUAAAACAGAAAUCGCACAAUCCAGACUCCCCUGCCCUAUUAGAAAUGCCAUCCUCAGGUCUUUGCAGCGGAAGUUCCUUCAUGGUCAAGCUCUGGCUAAGGCACAAUGAACUGCAUGUAAUUCAAGGAAUAAAUUCCAGUGGAUUCCAAUUCCUGAGAACUGGGGGUUAAAGGGAGAGCUAUUUCCUAAGGCCUUCUGGGUAUUUAUUAGUUGCAUUUCAGGAUACAGAAAAAAAAUGUACUUCCAGUUUUAUAGUUAAAACCUCAGUUUUCUGGGAAUAAUUGUAAAACACAGGAAAGGGCUGUCCUUUUAAAAUUGUUAACUGCGUUUCACCUGACACUAAGUAGACAAAAUGAACUAUGAAUUCCUUUUUUAGAAAGCAUAUGCUUACUUUCAGGAACUUUAUUAUUUUUUAAUUAGAGGAAAGAAAUCAGAAGAGAACCUCCAGGCUCUAGCUAAAAGCCAAAGCAUUUCUCUGCUUCCAACUGAUCAAACAAUGCCUUAACACUUUGUGUCAAAAUUGUGGGAUGUGUCUACCCUUUUACACAAACAGGAAAAGUGGUUCCAUGACAUUAUAAUUGAGGCCAUAUUUCUAGAUUUUAAUUUCCUAUAUGAGCAUUUAAUUUUCUGUAGCUGCAGUAACACAUUACUA